AUGAUCCUUCGUCUCGUCAUCCCUCCACGGAGUUGCCGGUAUCGGAAGUCCUUCACCGGGUACAACCACUCUUUUCCACCACGUCACCGUCCAAUGCACCUACUCGCCUUCCGCCCCCGCUUAUGUCUCCCAUGCCCCCACCAGGCAUCUCACCAUUUAGUGGGUUGGACGCUCUCGUUCAGGCAGCGUCGGUGGAAAGCGAGCGAGAGCGACGGAGGCUGAGUGCAGGCUCUGAUACCGCCAUCCAUUCAAGGCCCAGUUCAUCGCACAGGAUGGAUGUGGAUUCAUCCAUGGAGAUGGUCAGAGAGAAGGAGCAGGACAAGAUGAUCCUUGACAGCACCCCACGAUCAAGCGUGCCCCAUUCGUGGGAGGAGGCCUCCGCACGUCACGGUUUAUACGAUGGAACUGCAACACGGCAGGAGGGAAGGAGGCGGUCUAGUGCAAGCUCCAGCGCGAGUUUGCGAGGCCUCAUCAAUCCGACCCCAACUACAGAUAUCCAGAUUGCGGACGGCGUGGUCGUGGAGCCUCACUCGAUUUCUCGCGAUGUCCACAUAACCCCACGCCGUGCUUUAUCGCCGAGGCCUCCUGCUGCACGGGAAGUACAAGCUGGAAGCCCACCUGCGAGCGCCCACGGGCUGCCGGUGCAACCCGAGCCGAAAGUGGAGGCUCCCGACCCGGACCAACUGCCUUCUGUGCAGCCAGUGAAAGCCGAGUUUAUGCAAAUGCAGAGAUCUGCCGGUCCAUCCAGGGCCGGGGGCGAGCUAGCGCGGACAUCGCCGCAGGAAGCGCGGCCUCGGAAUCGGGUUCUCAAGCGGGAGUCCACUCCACCGCAAGUCAACGUGCGGACACCGACGCCAAAACUGGAGACAAAGCAAAUGCGGAAACUAAGCCUCGGUGGCGAAGACGAUCCUCAUGAGUGGCUUCUGGAGCAUUAUGCGGGCGAGUCGCCACGGGCGCCCGAGCCACCGCACUCGGAGCCACCUUCGCCACCUCCCGAACAUCGGCAGCCAACACAUGUGUUAGCCUCACCAGCGCAGACUAGACGCGAGGAUACUGCAACUCCUGUCGUUCUGUCUACCCCUCUACCUCCGAGCCCUAACUCGGCCAAAGAACUCGAGGACGAGCUUGUCGCUGCAGUCGAGCCGGAACCUGAAAGUAGAUUCCAUCACGCGGGCAUGGACAUGGAUGUGGAUGACGAGUUGCUUAGCUUAGUGGAUGACCAACAUCGCCCGCGUUCGUCUACCUCGAGCUCCACAAGGCAAAAUACUUCGUCUCCUGCAAAGGCCAAAGUCUCUCCGACUCCUGUCCCGAGCACCGUGCCACGACAGAAGACCGGUGUCACAGACAAUCUUCCUUUGGCAGAAUCGACGCAACCUGCCCCUACAAGUUCAAGUCAAAAGAAGAAGCCCAUCGGUAAGACGAAAGCCAAGGAACCUAAAGAGGCUAAGGCUACAGCAAAACUCAAAGCAAAAGCUCCCGCCAAGCCCAAGGGAAAAGGGAAAACCUCAGCGCCUGGGACCGAUGCCGCGCUUACCCUUGCUGAUAUCGCACCAGGUUUGACGACAACAGGCAGGACGAAAAAGGUGCCGGUCUUCCGGAGACCCGAUGAUACACUUCCCGCUGUGUCGGGAAAGAAGGGUUCGGGAACUGCGAUGUCCUCCUCGAACCAGGCGCCCUCCCGUUCGCGAUCGACAUCUGUCAUGCCUCCUAGCAUUGAACAGCACAGGGAGUCCAAGGAGGCGAGGGAGAGCGAGGUGCCUCAGGAUGAUCAAGACGACGAGAAGCUGUAUUGCAUAUGCAAGACCCAGUAUGAUGAGGAUCGGAUCAUGAUUGCCUGCGACAGGUGCGAUGAGUGGUACCACACACAAUGCCUCAAGAUGCCCGAUCUUGAGGUUGAUCUAGUAGACCAAUUUAUAUGCCCGAUUUGCGUGAAGAAUAAUCCCCAUCUUUCGCUGCACACGACAUGGAAACAACGGUGUUUUUACGGGCUAGAACAUCCCGACCCAACGUCGCAGGCCGCAUGCCACAAACCAGCUCGCGGACUUUACUCCAAGUACUGCUCAGAUGAAUGCGGCCUCAAGCUGAUGCAGGCGCGGAUCGCAAAGUGGUCCAAUGAAGGCGGGAACAAAGCAGGACUGUGGGAGAAGGUCAAGUCCGCGCAAAAGAGGGAAGGCGUGACCGUGCGGAUUGAAUUCGAACCAUCGAAGGACAGAGUGGACGACAUCAAAGUUGGCCAAGGCAUGUACGGAGCACGUACGGAGAAGCUCAUAGCGCCACAAAGAUCCAUCAUCCAACGCGAGGUCGACAGGCUCCAUAGCCUGCUGGAUCAGCUUCAGCUGAAGCGGGAUGAAAUCAACAGGACCAUGGACAUUGUGCAAUGGCGGGAACGUUUGGUGGAACUUGCCGAUGGACGAUCGGAAAGGCUCGAGGAAUGCGGAUGGGAUCAACGCCUUUGCUUCGGCGAUACUGAGGUGGCAGUUUUCGGGGCCGGUGUAUUCGAGAGUUACGAGAGCGUCGUCAUUGAGGAUUCCGCAGCUGAAACGCCUGGGGAGGACGGCGAAUGGUGGUGUCGCGGGAAGAAGAAAUGCGAACGCCACGCGGGAUGGCAGAAACUACGCCUAACAGAGGUCGCGCUGGAGAGGGAAAUCAAAGAGGUGGCUCUCAACAAGCUCACCACGCGAGAGCGUGAACUCAGGAAGCGCAUGGAAGAUCUCCUGGAUCCGUUCACUCGACAAUCGCAGGCCGCUGAGCCAGUGCGCUCUCAGCCAGUUGUGGCCAUCAAUGGACAUGGGAAGGCUAAACCCAAUGGGCAGACCACGAAGCGGGGUAAGAAGAGGAAAGCAGAGUGAUGUGUUACUACACCCAUUUCCAUGCGAUGAAUAAUAUAGAGCACGUACAAAGGACAAAUGUAUCGAUAGUAAUGCGCGUAUACCGCCCGUGAGGUGCUGGAGCCCCUCCGCCAGCGAGGCAAUAAUGAAUCUGCCUAUUGCAUCCUCUAAUCAGAGGAUGCGAGCCCCAGACAUUCCUCUGCAUCGUCUGCUCAGUACGCAUCGCCCUCCCCUCCUUCCUUGCAAAACCCUCGCUGCUCAAAUAAGAUGUGCGAUUUGACCUCUUCUUGUUCUUUCUGUUUGACCGCAUCGGCCUUGUGAUAUGGUUCCAACACGCUCCAGUCAACCUGCUUUAGAGGAACAUCAUCCUCGCGAUCCAGGUCCACCUCUCCUAGGAGAACUACGUUCUCUCCUCUAAUGAGAUAGAGGCCACGCCAGUUUUCUGCAAAGACGUCCUGGUGAUAGAUUCUUUCUACCGUGUCUUCCAGCACUAGAUUUGCGAACUGGUCAUAGGAGCGUAACACGCCGACAAGCUUCCGGCCGUCGCGAAGGACAACCAGCAUUUUCCUGUCCACGCAGUCCAUAAGCGACCCGCUGGUGGUGAAU